CACCGCCAACCUGGGACUGUACGCGCAAAACAGCUACACUCACUUUUUGAAUUACUAAGUCGUCUUCGGACGCGCCGCCUUCAGCAUGUCUGCUGCCGCGAAUCGACAGGGGAAGAUGCAAAAUCUGAUCAACUACCGCAUGAAAGUCACUCUUCAAGAUGGUCGACAGAUGGCGGGACAGAUGCUCGCCUUUGACAAGCACAUGAACCUGGUCCUGGCCGACACCGAGGAAUUCCGACGGACGCGACGAAAGGGCAAGGCCGCACCGGGCGCCGCGCAGCAGAUCACCGAAACCGAAGAGCGACGCGCAAUCGGACUCACCAUCAUCCGCGGCGCGCACGUCAUCUCCCUCUCCGUUGAUGGACCGCCCCCGGCAGACCCCGCUGCGCGACUUGGAGCAACGAGCGGACCAUCUACAGCUGCAACUCUGGCCGCAGGACCGGGAGUCACUCGACCCGCUGGACGUGGAAUGCCCGUUGGACUGACGGGACCCGCUCCUGGAGUUGGCGGUCCAGGUCCAGGAGGCUUCGGGCCGCCGGGGGCUUUUGGAGGACCGUCCGGCUUCGGAGGACCACCUGGAUUCCCAGGACGUGGAGGACCCCCAGGAGGACCACCCGGAGGCUUUCCGCCGGGAGGCCCGCCGGCUGGGUUCGGCGGAGGCCCACCCUUUGGAGGUCCGCCAGGAUUUGUACCGGGACGCGGUGCACCUCCACCAGGCUAUGGCGGCCGAUAGACCUAAGGGGUAAGACUGAUACAUUCAUGAUUCUAAAAUCUCAAUUGGACUGGCGGAUUUGCGUCUGGGAGAGAAAUGGCGAUGGCAAAUGCACAUGAAGCAAAAUGCUUGCGGGUAUUUACUGGGAGGAACUAAACACCACUUGUGUAGGGUGGUUAUCGCUUCGAGGAGUGGAAGGAUGAAUGAUACCAUAUCCGAUUCCAUGCCAAGCUGCUAUCAACCCAUUCUGGUGUCUUUGAUGGCUUCCAAUGCGCACAGCAACGCUUGGAUACCUUCGGCAAGCUAUCAAUUUGAGCGACAUCCUUGCCGUACUGUGUAUAGGGUUCUAAAACCCUCCAGAAAGAGCUAUUCAAAUCCG